AUGUUUCUGGAAGCGGAGACCGCGUUUGGUCUCAAUUUGCUCAACACUUUUCCGGCCAAUGAAUCCCUCGUUUUCUCGCCAUUAUCCAUCGCUCUUGCCCUCUCAUUGGUGCACGCUGGCGCCAAAGGCGACACCCGCACCCAAAUUGGCGAUACCCUUCUAAAAGGAUCGAAGGAUGAUGAGUUGGCUGGUCAUUUCUCGAAAAUUGGAAACGAUUUGAAGAAUCCGACAAACAGCGAUGUUCAAACCAAUGUUGCCAAUAGAAUUUUCUUGAAAAAUGGAUUCACCGUUGAGAAGAGCUAUUCCGAGUUCGUUGAGAAGCAUUUCGCUGCUGACGCGCAAACCAUUGACUUCACCAAUGGCGCAGAAGCGGCCAAGAUUGUCAAUGAGUUUAUCAAAAAGAACACCGGCAAUAAAAUUGACAAUGUCGUGCAAUCGAGCACCUUCCAAGAUGCUCUUGCUCUCUUGGUCAACGCCAUCUACUUCAAGGCCAAGUGGAGAGAGGAAUUCACGAAAUCGGGCGCAGAAAGAGAAUUCUCCAAAUCGACCAAUGAUGUAAAAAAGAUUCCGUUCAUGAGCAGCUACAUGGAAGAUCAAGACUAUGCCGAGGAUGACAUAUUCCAAGUGCUUUCUUUGCCCUACAAGGACACUUCCUAUCGUUGUUUGUUCUUCCUUCCAAAGGAGAAGCACGGACUUGCUAGCGCUCUGAAAAAGCUCGACGACAAAAGAUUCCAAGAACUUGCUGGAAAGACAAAGACAACAUACGCAACUGUUCAUCUACCGAAAGUCGAUCUUAAGAAAGAAUUAGAGCUGGUGCCGAUUCUCGAACAACUUGGAAUCAAUGACGUCUUCAGCAACAAUGCUGAUUUGAGCGGAAUGGCAAAAGGUGUGAAGAUCAGCGACGUUAUCCAUCACGCAGUCAUUAAAAUUGAUGAGGAAGGCACCACCGCUGCCGCCGCAGUCGUCGUCAAGGCUGUUCCGAUGAUGGCACGAAUGGAAGAACCAGUGGAUUUCAUUGCCGAUCAUCCGUUCCUUUUCGCCGUCGUCAAAGACAAUCACCCGUUGUUCCUUGGCACAUUCUUCGGUUAA